GAGACUUGGAGCGCCUUCAAAGAUUCUGGCUACAAGGAGCCUGCAAACCAUCAAAUAGCAAAGGCAACAGUGCCAACCCUUUGGACAUCGAUCAGUUCAUGAGUGCCUUUCUUCUUUUGGGCUGUGGGAUCCUCUUCGCCGUUGUCCUACUAGGAUUUGAACACUUCUACUUUAGCUACAUCAGGAAAUACCUCCCAAAGACGGACACAGGAGGCUGCUUCACACUCGUCAGUCUGAGCAUGGGAAACUCGCUGAGUUUCGGGGGAGCUGUCCAUGAAGCUCAAGGUUUAGUGAAACAUGAACGGGCGGGAGCUGUCCACGAAGCUCAAGGUUUAGUGAAACAUAGACGGGAAGGAGCUCUCCACGAAGCUCAAGGUUCAGUGAAACAUGAACGGUGUCGUGACCCCGUCUGUGACUCGCAGCUAUGGAAACUGCGACAUGAACUACAAAUGACCAAACAGAAACUAAGACACCUUGAAAAACAAAUAAAUAAGCG